CUACGCGUCUAUUUUGAAGUGGAUGUCCUUUUUCAAUACCGAGGUUCUCCCCAAGCUUGGUGCUUGGUACCGCCCUCUGCUGGGUUGGGACCCGUACAACAAGAAGAUCGUGGAUGAAGCCUCCAAGGGGGCUGCUAAGGUAGUCUCGGUCGUAGAGCAGCACCUCCUCAACAACACCUACCUCGUUGGCGAGCGCAUCACCCUCGCGGAUCUGUUUGCCGCCAGCAUCAUCUCGCGCGGCUUCCAGUUCUUCUACGACAAGACGUGGCGUUCUGAGCACCCUAACGUCUCUCGAUGGUACGAGACUGUCUACAACCAGCCUAUCUACACCAAUGUCGCCAAGCCCUUCGUGCUUCUAGACACCCCGAAGUUGACUAAUGCCCCCCCUAAGAAGCCUGAGCAGGCAAAAGCCCCCAAGGCUACCCCCAAGGCUGCCCCUAAGGCUGCCCCCAAGGCGGCGGCGGAAGAGGAGGAUGAGCCUGCUCCUGCUCCUAAGCCAAAGCACCCCCUCGACCUGCUGCCACGAUCAGAGUUCCCCCUUGACGACUGGAAGCGCUUCUACUCGAACAAUGACGAGGAGACCUCCCUGAAGUGGUUCUGGGAGAAUGUCCCUUUCAAGGAUUACUCUAUCUGGAAGGUCAAGUACAAGUACAACGACGAGUUGACUUUGACUUUCAUGUCCAACAACCUGAUCGGUGGAUUCAACAACCGUCUCGAGGCUUCCCGCAAGUACCUCUUCGGCUGUGCCUCCGUGUACGGUGAGAACAAUAACUCAGUCAUCGAGGGCGCCUUUGUCAUUCGGGGCGAUGAUUAUCUCCCCGCCUUUGACGUCGCUCCCGACUACGAAAGUUACGAGUUCAUUAAGCUGGAUCCCACCAACGCCGACGACAAGGAAUUCGUCGAGUCUAUGUGGAAGUGGGACAAGCCCGUCACCUACAAUGGCAAGGAAUACAAACACGCCUCCGGUAAGGUCUUCAAAUAAGGUAGUGCGGCUUAGGGAAAACACCGAGCGAUUACGAAUUGACGAGACCAUGCGGAUGGGGGGUAUAUCGGACGAAGGGACAACUGCGGUUGCACCGAGUGAGGUUAUAGUUGUACCCAUCAGAGACCCUGAUGUAUAGCCUGUAUGAGGUUAUUCGAUGAACGUAUGUCUACCUCGUUUGCGACCCCUUGUGCUAGACCGUGUGAUGAAGGGGGAAGGGGGCUCACGUUUCUAUUCCGGGUACGCAACAAAGAAAUCCAAUCGGGUGCACGUAAAAACCCAAAACAAAACAAAC